UCCGUUUCCUUUUCUAUCUGACGUGCCCCUCGCAUGCCCACCCAAAACAUCAAACUCACAAACCUCCAGCUUUUCAUAUUUCUCCGCGCCGUGCGUCCAACAUCAUGGAGUCACAUAUCACCAUUGAUCGGGCAUAUUAUGAAGUCCUGGUGCGAAGGGCCCAGUUUAAUUCCGAAGCUUUUAAUCGAAACCACGGCCAGGGUGUCACUCUCCCGCAGGCCGAAUAUGACAAUCUCAACCUCAUUGCCCGGCAGUAUGAGAACCUGAAGCGCAACUUGAUGCGCGGUGGAGUGGUUGAGGAGACUAUUGAUCUUCUCAGUCAAGAUGACGCUACCAUCCAAGACGGACUUGUUCCGGAGACAUCGCAGCACCAGCGUGAGGCGACGCACAAAAGUGCUACCGAUGUAGGCACGGCACCCACUCAAACAUCCCCUCCCGGCCUCGACAAACCGAGAACAUUUAGACCCAGACCUCAACAUGACGAGCGCCACAACAGCUACAGCGGCUAUAGUGGUCAUAACGAGGGUUAUCACUAUGGAGGCCGAGGUGCUUGGGCAGAGGUUGAUGAAGUUGAGCCCGAUGAUGAGGACUCAUUCUGCGACGAAGUCUAUUCCCCAGACGGCCCUAGUGUCCCCGAGGGAGUGAGCGAAGUCAAGCCACAGAUGAAGAAGCAGCAAUUCAACCGACAGUGCACCAGAACUGUGCAGCUCUACAACCUAUCCGAGAGCACUACCCACGCAGACAUUACGAACGCUGUCCGAGGCGGUAUGCUGUUGGAUGUGUUUUUGCGCGCCCAUGAUCGGUAUGCUACCGUAUCAUUUCUUCACGCUGCAGACGCUAGGAAGUUCUUUGAACACGUCCGGAAGAACGAUCUUUACAUCAAGAACAAGCGAGUUGACAUCAAGUGGUGUGACCGCCAAUUCGUACUGCCAGGCCAUAUCGCUGGAAAGAUAGCCCAGGGAGCCACCCGAAAUCUGGUCAUUCGCCGGUGCGGUCCCAAAGUCAGCGAAGAAGGUAUUCGGGAGGAUCUUGACCAUAUUCACAACCUUGCUGUUAUCAAAAUCGAACUCACGGGCGGAAACUGUUAUAUCAGUCUGAACGCUGUACACAUGGCCGUCUACGCCAAAACGUGCAUGAUGAGUCGUCUGAAGUACAAGACCUUCAGGAUUGACUGGGACGUCGAUGAGUGUGCCCAGCCCUAUGACCCACUGCCCGCUCCAAAGCAACCUAAGGAGGUCAACUUGCCAAAGCCUGCUGCGCCUGCAAACCGCUUCCAGCUCCUAAACUUGGACGAUGAUGGCGAGGACGAGAUUGCUGCAGCAUUUCAGUCCAAGAAAAGGGUUGGCAUUGCUGUGUAGGACCGAGAACAUGGAUCUCAUCAUGCCUAUCGAAUGAAGAGAAGACAACUUAACGAAGGCGUCACCAAAGAACGAAGUUCUGUACGACCAUUGCCGGUAAGCGUAGAAUGCCUACCUUCAGUACACGAGACCAUGUUUGAGGAUAUACGUAGGACGGCUCAUAGGGGGCACCAUAUUACUCCGUUUUGUCAUUCUAGUAUUAGAAGUCUAGGCCUUCUGAAACAACUCAGAACCCCACGUACAUGAUGCGGGUUAGAAACACAGGAGGCAGCAGAUAUUCCACGCCGUCCUCACCGGUUGUAUCUAAUAAUUAUGGGCGAAGAAAGGAAGAUGAUGAGGCGGCAUAAGGCGGACGAGGCACAAGGCACCCGGGAAACAUGUGCACAUUUCAUCCCUCGUCUAGGUAGACUUGCAAUUAGGCUCCGUUUAACUUC